GCAACAGUUUGAUCCUGGUUGGUUCAGAGUCUGAUGGGAUCUUCUGACUAAAGUCCACUAAAGGUCCUUCAAACUCCUCCAAGAGAAGCUGUGACUUCAGGAAAACUGAUGGAGUUCAGCCCGACUGCGCUCCUCGGCCGCGUGAGGGAGGCGCACAUUUCUCCUCCUCAGGAUGAAACCUGAAACCUGGACCCGCUCAGUCAAAGCUGCCGGAUCCUCGGAGCCGAACAGACGCUGCAACAUUCAGAAAGCCCGUCUUUGUCUCUCCUCCUUCGGCGCCGUCAGAGGAGCAGCAGGACUGCGACCCGGUUCUGACAGCUCCUGUUCUGGGUUCGCCUCCGCAGGAACAUCAGGCGGAUGUAGGAACUUUUUGGAUGAUCAGAACUCUGCGGUCUCCUUAAACAUGCGCGUCCUCCUGGCUUUGUCUGGAUUAUUUCUGCUCUUUUCUCCUGGGGGAGCCGAGCCGGAGCAGCAGGCUGAUGGGGAGGAGGAGAGCUCCUGUCAGGGCGCCUUUGACCUCUACUUCGUCCUGGAUAAGUCCGGCAGCGUGAUCGGUCACUGGAACGAAAUCAACGACUUUGUGGAGAAUUUAGCCGAGAAGUUUAAAAGUCCAAUGCUGAGGAUGUCCUUCAUCACGUUCUCCUCCAGAGCGUCUACCAUCAUGAAGCUGACAGAAAACAGAGAGAAGAUCAGGAAAGGUCUGAACGCCUUGAGGAAGGAGAAACCUGGAGGAGACACCUUCAUGGACCUCGGCUUUCAGAGUGCAAACGAGCAGAUCAAAAAGGAGAACUUUGGCACGGCCAGCGUGAUCAUCGCUUUGACGGACGGAGAGCUGCUGGAGAACCACCUGAUCCAGGCGCAGCAGCAGGCAGAGGAGGCCCGGUCUCUGGGAGCCACCGUGUACUGCGUCGGCGUGAAGGACUUCAACGAGACGCAGCUGGCCACCAUCGCAGACACCAUCGAGCACGUGUUUCCUGUGCUGGGGGGGUUCCAUGCCCUGGGGGGGGUCAUUGAUUCGAUCAUUAAGAAGUCCUGCAUCGAGAUCCUGGCGGCAGAGCCCUCCAGUGUGUGUGCAGGAGAGUCUUUUCAAGUGGUGGUGAGAGGGAACGGGUUUUUCCACGCCAGGAACAUCAACCAGGUGCUCUGCAGCUUCAAGAUCAACGACACCGUCACAGUCAAUGAAAAACCCGCCGGUGUGGAGAACACCUUUCUGCUGUGUCCCGCCCCCGUCGUCGAUGAAGUCGGAAAGGUGAUUUAUCUCCAAGUGAGCAUGAACGACGGUCUGUCCUUCAUCAGCAGCAACGUUCACAUCACCACCACCGAGUGUUUCGACGGCACCAUCCUCCUCAUCACCCUGCUGGUGCUCUUCCUCCUGCUGGCUCUGCUGUUCAUGUGGUGGUUCUGGCCGCUCUGCUGCACAGUGGUGAUCAAGGAGCCUCCUCCACCUCCUCCUCCUGAACCCGAGUCGGAUGACGACGACGACGGCCUCCCCAAGAAGAAGUGGCCCACCGUGGACGCCUCGUACUACGGAGGAAGAGGAAUCGGAGGGAUCAAGAGGAUGGAGGUCCGCUGGGGAGGGAAGGGCUCGACCGAGGAGGGGGCCAAGCUGGAGAAGCCCAAGAACGCGGUGGUGAAGAUGCCGGAGCAGGAGUACGAACCGUACGAGCCCAAACCCAAGAAACCGCACACGAAGAAGCCGCCUCAGAGCCGGCGGUGGUACACUCCCAUCCAGGGUAAACUGGACGCCAUCUGGGCUUUGUUCCGCCGCGGGUACGACCAGGUAUCUCUGAUGAGGCCGCAGCCGGGAGAUCACGGUCGCUGCAUC